GUGACGACCGUCUACUGCGCCUAUUGAUUUGUGUCUCGGUCUUGGUUCUAGCUCGACUUAGUUUUGUGUGUAUCAGACAUGGCGAGCCAGACACAGGGAAUCCAACAACUGUUGGCAGCUGAAAAGCGUGCUGCCGAAAAGGUUUCAGAGGCGAGGAAGCGGAAAGCGAAACGCCUAAAGCAGGCCAAGGAGGAGGCUCAAGAUGAGGUAGAAAAGUACAGACAGGAGCGCGAGAGGCAGUUCAAAGAAUUUGAGGCCAAGCACAUGGGCACCCGAGAGGGUGUUGCCAACAAGAUCGAGGCAGAAACCAAGGUGAAGAUCGAAGAGAUGAACACAAUGGUGCAACAGCAGCAAGAAGCAGUGAUCAAGGACAUUCUCAAUCUGGUGUACGACAUCAAGCCUGAGCUGCACAUCAACUACCGCUUAUCUUAAGCGUUUAAACUUAUAACACCUAUUAAUCGCGUAUUAAACUCUUUGCGAUCAUUCAUCUAGUUGUUAUUGUUAUUUCAGUUCGUUGAUAGGCACUUAGGCGCGGCAGAGUUAAACACGCGGGAACUACGGGACAGUUCUCUAUCGUAACAGUUCUAACAUGGCGGGAAUCAUGCGACGCCAUUUGCAAUUCUUGACACCCCAGUAUUUUGGCGGGUAAUGAACACUCACUGUCAGUGAACGCGUCGAUUUACUAAUUACUGGAAAUGGGUGUAACUGUUUGUACCGCGAUAAAUAUCUGUCCGUUAGCUGUAAAUACAAAGUAUUGCUUGGUUUCGCCCUAUUUAUAAAAUUUAAUCAAUCAAUAUUCUUUAAGCGUUAAGAGAUCAGCUCGGUAUCAUUCCAAAUACGUUCGAAGGUCCGAUUAUGAACACACAAAAAAAGUAAUGUAUCUAAUAAUCUUAAAUUGUAUGUUAUUCAAUGUUGUAUGUUGAAUAGAAAAUAUAUAAAGUUAUAAAAUA